CUGCCUACGGCGACCAUGGCGCACGGGGGACCCCCGAGCGCCCCGAAACGUCCUGGCCCUACCGCGCCGGCCCCGAGCUUCCGGGCUCCACCGCCGCUGUGCUGGCCGCGCUCGUGGCCGCUGCUACUGCUGCUGCUGCUGCUGGUGGCUGCCCGCGGGGCGGUGGGGCGCUCCCCCCAGCCCGGGCGCCCGGGUCCCGGGGCGCGGGUCACCCGGCAGCUGCCCGCGGGGCGAACGGAGUCCGGCGUUCGCGAGGAUCCGCAGGCACGAGGAUCGGAGCCCGGCGCCCCGGGUCACCGUCCAGGUCCUGCUCCGGGUCCCAACGCAGAUGGCGCCCCAGCCCCGGGCAAGGGGCGCAGGGCACGGGCGGCGCCGGUGGCCGGUGCGGCUUCGCGCGCGCAGGUCUCGCUCAUCAGCACGUCGUUCGUGCUCAAGGGGGACGCGACGCACAACCAGGCGAUGGUGCACUGGACAGGAGAGAACAGCAGCGUCAUCUUGAUCCUGACAAAAUACUACCAUGCAGACAUGGGGAAGGUUCUGGAAAGCUCUCUGUGGCGGUCCUCAGAUUUUGGGACAACCUACACCAAGCUUACUCUCCAGCCUGGUGUCACCACUGUCAUCGACAACUUCUAUAUCUGCCCAGCUAAUAAAAGAAAGAUCAUCCUGGUGAGUUCGUCCCUCGGCGACCGGGAACAGAGCCUCUUCCUCAGCACCGAUGAGGGUACCACCUUCCAGAAGUACCCUGUCCCCUUCCUUGUGGAGACUCUCCUCUUCCACCCGAAGGAGGAGGACAAGGUUCUUGCUUACACCAAAGACAGCAAGCUGUAUGUGUCGUCUGACCUGGGGAAGAAGUGGACACUUCUGCAGGAACAGGUGACCAAGGACCACGUGUUCUGGGCUGUGUCUGGGGUGGAUGCUGAUCCCAACCUGGUCCACAUGGAAGCACAGGACCUCAGUGGAGACUAUCGGUACUUCACCUGCCUGACCCACAACUGCUCAGCUCAGUCCCACGCGGCACCCUUCGCUGGCCCCAUCGACCGUGGCUCCCUGACCGUGCAGGAUGAAUACAUUUUUCUGAAGGUAACAUCAACAAACCGAACCAAAUACUAUGUCUCCUAUCGCCGCAGUGACUUUGUCCUAAUGAAGCUGCCCAAAUAUGCCCUGCCCAAGGACCUGCAGAUCAUCAGCACGGAUGAGCAGCAGGUGUUCGUGGCCGUACAGGAGUGGAACCAGGUGGACACCUACAACCUGUACCAGUCGGACCUGCGCGGAGUGCGCUACUCACUGGUGCUGGAGAACGUGCGCAGCUCGAGGCAGGCGGAGGAGAACGUGGUCAUCGACAUCCUGGAGGUCAGAGGAGUGAAGGGAGUCUUUUUAGCAAACCAGAAAGUGGAUGGCAAGGUGACAACGCUCAUAACCUACAACAAGGGCCGAGACUGGGACUACCUGAGGCCACCCAGCACCGACAUGAAUGGGAAGCCCACCAACUGCCAGCCGCCGGACUGCCACCUGCACCUACAUCUGCGCUGGGCAGACAACCCCUAUGUGUCAGGCACAGUACAUACCAAGGACACUGCCCCUGGCCUCAUCAUGGGUGCAGGUAACCUGGGCUUGCAGCUGGUGGAGUACAAAGAGGAAAUGUACAUCACGUCGGACUGUGGGCACACCUGGCGGCAGGUCUUCGAGGAAGAACACCACAUACUAUACCUGGACCACGGUGGUGUCAUUGCCGCCAUCAAGGACACCUCCAUCCCCCUGAAGAUCCUCAAGUUCAGCGUGGAUGAGGGCCACACUUGGAGUACACACAACUUCACCAGCACCUCAGUGUUCGUGGAUGGGCUACUGAGCGAGCCAGGGGACGAGACGCUUGUCAUGACGGUCUUUGGUCACAUCAGCUUCCGCUCUGACUGGGAGCUGGUCAAGGUGGACUUCCGGCCCUCCUUCCCCAGGCAGUGUGGUGAAGAUGACUAUAGCUCUUGGGACCUCACUGACCUCCAGGGUGAUCACUGCAUCAUGGGCCAGCAGAGAAGUUACCGGAAGAGGAAGUCCACAUCCUGGUGUGUCAAGGGGAGGAGCUUCAUAUCGGCGCUCACAUCACGCGUGUGCAAGUGCCGGGACUCUGACUUCCUCUGUGACUACGGGUUUGAGCGCUCGUCUUCCUCAGAGUCUACUGCCAACAAGUGCUCCGCCAACUUCUGGUUUAACCCUUUGUCCCCUCCUGAAGACUGUGUCCUGGGCCAGACCUACACCAGUAGCCUUGGGUACCGGAAGGUGGUAUCCAACGUGUGUGAAGGUGGUGUGGACCUGCAGCAGAGCCCGGUGCAGCUGCAGUGUCCCCUCACAGCACCCCGGGGCCUGAAGGUGAGCAUCCACGGAGAGGCCGUGGCUGUGAGGCCUAGAGAAGAUGUGCUCUUCGUGGUGCAGCAGGAACAGGGUGACAUCCUGACCACGAAAUAUCAGGUGGAUCUUGGAGAUGGCUUCAAGGCCAUGUACGUGAACCUCACUCUGACGGGCGAGCCCAUCCGGCACCACUAUGAGAAUCCUGGCAUCUACCGCGUGUCUGUCAGGGCUGAGAACAUGGCGGGCCAUGACGAGGCUGUGCUCUUUGUCCAGGUCAACUCUCCCCUGCAGGCCCUCUACCUCGAGGUAGUUCCUGUCAUUGGCAUCAACCAGGAGUUGAACCUCACAGCCGUGCUGUUACCCCUGAACCCCAACCUCACUGUCUUCUACUGGUGGAUCGGCCACAGCUUGCAGCCUCUGCUUUCCUUGGACAACUCAGUGACAACGAGGUUUACGGAUGCCGGGGACGUGCGUGUGACAGUGCAGGCUGCCUGUGGGAACUCAGUGCUGCAGGACUCCAAGGUCAUCCGUGUGCUAGAUCAAUUCCAGGUGGUGCCUCUGCAGUUCUCCAGAGACCUGGACACCUUCAACCCCAACACACCUGAAUGGAGGGAGGACGUGGGGCUGGUGGUCACCCGGCUUCUCUCCAAGGAGACCAGCAUCCCGGAGGAGCUGCUAGUGACUGUGGUGAAACCAGGUCUGCCCACCAUAGCAGACCUGUAUGUACUCCUGCCUCCUCCCAGGCCCACAAGGAAGAGGAGCCUCACAAGUGACAAGAGACUGGCAGCUGUGCAGCAGGCACUGAACUCUCAUAGGAUCAGUUUUAUCCUUCGAAGAGGGCUCCGCAUCCUGGUGGACCUGAGGGACACAGAUGCAGGUCCUCAGAGGCCAGGUGGCAGUGGUGGCUACUGGGCUGUGGUGGUCCUCUUUGUCAUCGGGCUCUUUGCAGUGGGAGCAUUCAUCCUGUACAAGUUCAAAAGGAAACGCCCAGGCAGGACGGUGUAUGCCCAGAUGCACAAUGAGAAGGAACAGGAGAUGACAAGUCCCGUGAGCCACAGCGAGGAUGCCCAGAGCGCCAUGCAGGGCAACCACUCGGGCGUGGUCCUGAGCAUCAACUCUCGUGAGAUGCAUAGCUACCUGGUGGGCUGAUGGCGCCAGCUGGCCAGGACACUCUCCUCCUGCUUCCUCCACAGAGAGUGCAGGACCACAAGUGCAGCUGGAACGACGCCCCCCUCUGAGACCUGUGGAAAGGCCAUCUCCUCUAGCUGUCCCCACUCAGAGGACAGACACCUCUCCCUGUCAGCCCCAGUUGGCCCAUGGGAUCCUGGGGCAGCAGACUCAUGACCCACCUGGACACAGGCCUGUGGUGCCACGCAAAGUCCUCACCCUUGACUCUGAGGCAUCACAGUCCUUAGACCUGAACAUGCUGCCCCAACUUACCACUGCAGCCCAGGCCUGGCAUCUCCUGCCUGGGGCUGGACCAGCCGGUUCCUGGGGUAAGCCUGCAGCUACCCCCCCACUCCAGGCUUGUAGACCUGCUCAGCCCCAGCCCCACAGUCACUGGCCCAGCAGAGGACCCCAGAGCCAGGAAGUCUAUGGGACAGCCCUCCCGAGCACCACCUUCUAGGUAGCCUCUCUCUCCACUGCAGUGUAAAUACCUGCCCAGGUAGACCUAUUUGAGUUUGGGGGCUCUUUCUUUUAGCUUUCUGUUUUCAAGGCCAGGCAGUAGAAUCCGCCUAAGUUUUGUCCGAAUCCCACUCUCAGAACCCCUUUUUUCAGGAUGCUCAGAGCUGGGUCUAGAGGAGCAAAGAUCUCUCUGGUUUUCCUUCAGGGCUACGGGAUGGGACACAAGAAAGGAAGGGACCCUUAUAUGCAGUUCCUGCUCCAACCAGCAGGAUGCGCCCUUCCACAGCCUCUAGGCUGAUAACUGGCUUCACCCAGGUCUGGAUUCUAGAAGAGUCUACAGGCCCCAGAAAGGCACGUUAGCUGAAUACAACAUGCUCUGAAGCCUUAUGGCUUGAGGGACCCAUGCAGACUCAACCAGAAGAGGUGUGGGAGGGCAGUGUCUCCUAGUAAGAUGAAAGUAGAGGACUCAGAGACAGUGACCUUCUCAGGGUCACAGAAAGAAAGCAGCAGAGGCAGCUCCAUAGUCGCCUGCUGCCUGCUCCCACUGCCGAGUCAGGGACCCAGCCCAGGUCGACACUGUGAGCUGGCACAAUUCACCUUUUGCCUUGAAACUGAAGUCAGUAUUCCAUUCCCUUCCCUUCCCCUCCCCCUUCCCCUUCCUUUUCCUCCUCCCACCUCCGGACUCUUGCUGCCCCACCAGAGCCCAGGCUGGCUUGGAGCGAGGCCUGGGUGCACUCACCAGCACCCACCAGUUCUCCCUGGAGAAAAGAUGUGGCCUAUAUAGGAGGAGAGGUCCAGGGCAGACCCUCUCACAGGGCAGCGCCAGCACUCGGUCUCGUGUCCAGACACUCAUGUCACAGUCAGGAGAACACAGACCAAGGAGGCAGCCGUAUGUGGCACAAAGCUAGUCUAUGAGAGCAUUUCAACUGUACCCCAACAUCUCUCACUUUCCACCACUCUCUGAGGCUCAGAGGUCCCUCCAGAGGUGACUGCAGGCCAUCCCUCCCUGUGAGGGGCUGCAAAUGGAAACCUGGUACCAGUGAAGGCCAUGACACUCUAAGACCUUUGCCCCACACACCUUCUUGCUGUCUCAAAAGAAACCUACACAGAGACCUUUCCCCCAUGCGUGUUCCCACACUGCUGUCCCCCAGUAUCCCACAGAAGAAGAUGCUCACACACCACACAGUCCCCACCAGGUCCAAGGGCAGCACAGAAGCCCUGGAUGUAGCCCUCCACGUUAGCUCACCAGUGCCUGGGGUACCGGCUGCAGGUCUUUGCCUUCUGUGAGCACUCCGUGUCACUCUCAAGGACACCCGGGGAGGCCUUCCCUAGCUAUUCGGAUUUUCUGUUACUAUUUCUAUUAAGGACAUUUGGAGCGUGUAGACCCAAGAGCCUCCCCUGUCUUCAUCUCCAUAACUGCAGAUGGCUAUGCAGGCACAGGGAUUCCCUGCUCAUUAGCUGAGGUGCCAUGCAUGGUACAGCCAGGGACAAAAGCCCCAUGGGCAUUCCAGAUGCUAUUGUCUCAGGGGCUCAUGCCACCCUACACUGGGCCCUGUACGUACCUGGCAUGUGGGCAUAGCAGAGGUGAUGAAUUCUUUGUUUUUCCUUUCUAAAAAAAAAAAAAUCAAUAAAUCAUUUGUGAUGCUUUUAACAAA